ACACCCAGAUACAUGCUAUAGGCUACAGAGCCUACUAGCAUAUGUAUUAAUUCUGAUUUUUUUAUUUUAAGAGAAUUUAAAUCCCCAAAUUCAUAGGAUAGAUUUUAGGGACAUUUUGUAUGAUUAUUUUGCAUCAGAUAUGACAAUUAAUGCCGUGGCUAAUCCGUUUGCAGCCAGAAUAGACAUUUCAUCCCCAGUAACCUUGGCGUCGAUCGCAUCUUCUGUCCGACCCAUAAACCCUUUCAUUUCAGCAGGGGUGUCUGCCAUUGCGCAGCAGCCAACUAGGUGAAGGUGGAAAAUCCACCAGCAGAAGGAUGCUUCAAUAGGCCACCGGGGUCUGUUUUUUCAGCCAACGCGUUCCGUUCCACAGUAAAAAACCUGCUGGACAUCGACAACCCCUGCCCAGCUCCCCCACCGUGGUCUAUCUCAGAUAGCCUUUAUUGUCGCCCCCACCCCCACCCUCACCCUCUCUUCCUUAAUCUCCCAGAUUGUCGGCGACUUGCUGCAGUCGAUGCUGCAGUUCUGAGCCGCUCCUGCACCGGGACAGCAGACUCAAUGAGAAAGACAUGCUCGCAUUCGUUUUGGUAUCUGGGUCGCUCUGGAUUAUAUUAGAGCUGAGUUCCACCCUUAUGGAGAAGAUGCAGGCCCAGGAGAUGAUGAGCGGCCUGAGGAUACCGGAGAUGGACGAGCUCGGCCAGUUCUUUCGCUCCCUGCCAACUUCCACGCUGGUGGGCAUCGGCGCUUUGACCGCCGUGCUGGCGUACUGGUUAGCCACCAGACCCCGUCCCAUCAAGCCACCCUGCAGCCUGCUACACCAGUCUGAGGAGGUGCCGCAUGAAGAUGGAGGUCGCAGGUCCAUGAUGGGCGACAGCUCCAAGCUGCUGACUCAUUACCAUGAUGACGCCAGGACCAUGUAUGAGGUCUUCCAGAGAGGCCUCCACAUAUCUGGUGAUGGACCUUGCUUAGGCUCGCGGCUUCCUAACCAGCCUUACAAAUGGAUGUCCUACAAAGAGGUGACAGCCCGGGCUGAGCAUCUGGGCUCAGGCCUUCUGCACCAGGGAUGCCAGCCCAACCCCAACCAGUUUAUUGGAGUGUUCGCCCAGAACAGGCCAGAGUGGAUCAUCUCAGAGUUAGCUUGCUACACCUACUCCAUGGUGGUGGUUCCCCUGUAUGACACACUGGGCCCAGACGCAAUACGGUUCAUCAUUAACACUGCUGACAUCUCCACAGUCAUCUGUGACAAAGUAGAGAAAGCUCAGGUGCUUCUGGAUAAUGUGGAGCGGAAGGAGACUCCGGGCCUACGAAGAAUCAUCCUGAUGGAUGCCUUUGACUCAGCCCUUGUGGACCACGGCAAGGGCUGUGGCGUCCACGUGCAGGCAAUACAGGAAGUGGAGGCUCUGGGAAGAGAGCACUACAGAAAACCCGUACCACCAUCACCAGAUGACCUGUCUAUUGUGUGUUUCACGAGUGGCACCACAGGGAACCCAAAGGGAGUCAUGCUCACGCAUGGGAACGUGGUGGCAGAUUUCUCAGGCUUCCUCAAAGUAACAGAUAAAGUAAUUUUCCCCAACCAAGAUGAUUGCCUCAUUUCCUUCCUGCCACUGGCUCACAUGUUUGAGAGACUUAUUGAGUCUGUGGUGUACUGCCAUGGAGGACGGAUCGGGUUCUACCAGGGCGACAUCCGUCUUCUCCCAGAUGACAUGAAGGCCCUGCGGCCGACCAUUUUCCCUGUGGUGCCUCGACUGCUCAACCGCAUGUACGACAAGAUCUUCAGCCAGGCUAACACCCCAUUGAAGCGUUGGCUGCUCAACUUUGCUGCAAAAAGAAAAGGUGCUGAAGUCAGCAGUGGGAUCAUUCGCAGUGACAGCAUCUGGGACAAAAUAUUCUUCAGUAAGAUUCAGGCCAGUCUGGGAGGAAGGCUGAGGAUGAUUAUAACAGGAGCAGCUCCUACCUCACCCACUGUGCUGGGAUUUCUCAGAGCAGCUCUGGGCUGCCAGGUGUACGAGGCGUACGGCCAGACAGAGUGCACAGCUGGCUGCACCUUCACCACACCUGGAGACUGGACCCCAGGUCACGUCGGGGCCCCUCUGCCUUGUAACCUCAUCAAACUGGUGGAUGUUCCUGAAAAGAAUUAUUUUGCUUCUAAGGGAGAGGGAGAGGUUUGUGUGAAGGGACCUAAUGUGUUUAAGGGCUACCUCAAAGACCCGGAGAGGACGGCCGAGACGCUGGACGCAGACGGGUGGCUUCACAGUGGAGACAUCGGCAAAUGGUUACCUAAUGGCACACUGAAGAUCAUUGACAGGAAGAAGCACAUCUUCAAGUUGGCACAGGGCGAGUACAUCUCCCCUGAAAAGAUUGAGAACAUCUACAUUAGGAGUCAACCUGUGGCACAGCUCUAUGUUCAUGGCGAUAGCCUGCAGUCCUGUUUGGUGGGAAUUGUGGUUCCUGACCCUGAAGUCAUGCCGGAGUGGGCAAAGAAAAAAGGCAUAUUAGGCACCUACAAGGACCUCUGUAAAAACACAGAAUUAAAGAAGGCAGUCCUUGAAGAUUUGGUGCGUCUGGGCAAGGCUAGUGGCCUCCACUCUUUUGAGCAGGUGAAGAACAUCUACAUCCACAACGAGAUGUUCUCCAUUGAAAACGGCCUCCUGACUCCAACACUAAAGGCCAAGAGACCAGAGCUAAAGGAGUUCUUCAAGGGGAAGAUUGACCAGCUCUACAGCAGCAUCUCCAUGUGAAGUCCGGCAGACCUCGUUUUCCUUCAAGCAUCUUAGCACUAAGAGCUACUUUGACCAUUGACCUGGGAUGAAGAUGUGACCUUAGGCUUAACAUGCUUUGGGAAAGCAAGCCAAACCUGGCCGUACUAUGGGAGAUUUAACAUACCUAAAUAAAACAAAUCAAAGAAAUAAAAUGAAAUACAUUACACAUUGUUAUGUGUAUUUCCUUUUUAUGUAUGCAUUUAUUGUGUCAUAAUUACAUUAAAGCAUAUGUUCAAAGGAAAAUGAUUUAGCUUUAAUUGUUUUUCAUUGUGACAUGACUUUUCCAUGCCGCAUUAAAAACAAAUCACAAAAACAAAAAUCACAAAAAUGAUGCGUUUUAGUGUUGUCCAGCAGAGACCAGCAGAGACCUGCCAAUAGUACAGCAAACACAAAGCAUGGAGUGCAAAGGAGCUUUGUAAUUUUUUUAAAUAGUGACGCAUUGCCAAUGCCAAAGUCAGGGGGGAAAAAAAAAAAUUCCAAUCACAGCUUUGGGGAAAGGGCCCACCAGCACAGUGUUGGCAGCCAUGACAGACAGCCUUUCACAUUAAAACUGUUUCCUGUGGGCUAGCUGGCAAGAGGGGAACUACUGUUGACUGUACAUUUAGUCUCAUUUGUGAUUGACUGUCUGGUAUUUUAAGGUGCUGUAGGCGGCUUGGUAACUUGGUAAGUGGUGACAGGUAAUUAGUUUGCGUGAACGCUGAGUGGUUUAAUAGAGGAGGAUAAGCUAUUGCUAGUAGAUGUAGGCCUACCUGUAAGUUAUUUAUUUUUAUUUUCAAGGGAUAAGAUUAUAAACCCUGUACCUGGGCCCCCUUCCUCAGGCUGUGAUUGGCCAGUUGGUUGUUUUUCAUUUUGGCCUUGACAAUUGACAAAGCUCCCUUGCAACUCCUCAUAAAAACUAAUGACUAAUAAAGUGCUUUGCAUUUAGCAUUCAAGCUGUUCUCAGCUGGACAGCCCUGAAAUGUAAUAGACCAAUUCAUUUAGUUAUUAAAGUAAAAUAAUUGUCCUUUUAAGAUAUGUUUUAUUUAAUUAUGACAUACUAAAUGCAUUCUUUGUUUGAUUUGUUUUUAUUUAGGCAUUUUAAAUUGUCCACACAUUGCUACCUGCUAUCCACCCAAACACACCGUCAAAUGCUCCGUCCCCAGCACCAGAAACUCAUCAGCACUUUUAUGUUGAACAAUCCAUUCCUAUCUCCUGC